CCCCAUCGCUGAUCAUUCAUUCAUGCGAUGCAUCAGUCCAGCCUUGCAUGCAUCAUUCAGUCCCUCAUGCCCUGCCCCUCGCUGCCCUCCUCCGCCUCAUCCUCCUCCCGGAACACAGGCACCUCAGGCAGAUGUGCCAUACCCAUCAUGCGACCACCACCACCACCGCCACUGGCAGGCGGCACAUGAUUGGCCAUCACGUGCCCGCCCCCGCCAUUGACCAUCCCCCCACUCGGCACAAACCUGGGCGGGUCGGCUGGGAUGGGGACAGGCCCGCCGAAGGACGGCGGCAGGAAGCCGCCCGGGGGGACGAUGCCGUUGAUGGAGGGCGGCGGCGCUGGCCGCGGUGGGAGGCUUCCGAAGGACCUGAAGCGCAUCUCGGUGUCGGAUGGGCGGGGGGUGGACCAGAUCUGGGUGAGUGGCUCCAGGUAGGAGAGGGACCCGCGGUGCUGCUCGUCGUGGGAGCCCUUCAAGGCAACGCCGAUGAAGUAAUGACCCUGCAAACACAACAGAACAGAACCAGCGUCAUGUCAUGGGUGGAUGCCUGCUGUGUGCUUGCUGUGCGCUGACUGACGCACACACCGCACCUGUAUGAGUCUCCACUCCUCGAGUUCGUCGAAUAUUUCGAGCCGCUGGAUGCGGGCGAUCUCGGCACCGUCCAGGUGCAGGUCGUACACGUCAUUCAUGUCGGCCGCCUCACACCGAGUGAACCCCAAACUCACAUACCUACACACACACACAACCAACACAAACCACGUUGGUUGCGUUGCGCUGAGUUUGUCGGUCUGUAUGUCUUUUCUGCCGCCGUGCGCGCGUGUGUGUGCGUGUGUGUGUGUGUGGCCUCACCUCUGCCUUUGCGAGUCGAGUGUUGGGUACUCGUGGAUGCCGAGCAGCGGACACCCCCUGGCCUGAUCGAUGCCACGUACCCAUCCAUCCCGUCCAUCACACCAGCAGAGGCAAGCUGUGGUUUGGUGCCUUCCUCAUUCGCCCGCUACCUGGAGAUUUCGGACCAUCGUGCGGCCAAAUGCAUCGUGAGGCAGGAUCUGCACACGAACGAGAUGCCAAACACGUGAAUAAGGCGAAUAGCGCCACGUCACAUGGACUGACUAACCUGCUCGUAGACGACGAAGGCGCUGGGAGCCUUAGAUACCGCAUUCGCCGCCCAACGGAUGAUCUGACCAGAGAGAGGAAUGAUCACGUGGAGCUGCAGCACCAUCGAUGGUGCUUCACUGAGCUAUUGCGCCCCCUUCCCUUGGUGGGUUGGGCACCGACCGCAUCUGAGUGCAGGGGCUGCAUGUACACGAGCACACACUCGGCCAACCACAGUGUCGGCAAACUGCUCAGACACAACAUCCAACACAGACAAACAGGGCGGGUGCGGUGCGUCUAAUGGUGUCAGCCAGCAAGGAUGCGGUGUGCUGCCUGCCUGUUGACCGACUCACUCACUCGUCCUGGAAUCCAGCCUGCACGAGCUGCCUCUCAAACUCGUCGACUUGCCGCAUAUCGGCCGCCACCAUCCGCAGAGGCUCAGACCGCAGCGCACCGCCAGGGACCUGCACAAUGUCUUCACGGUUGCGCGCCAUGGCCUUCCAACAGGGCUCCUUCCUGACACAGCCAACACAUCCGAGGGCGUGCGCCGCAUCAUGUGUGUGUGUGUGUGUGUGAAGAAGUGUGCUUGCCUCAGUAUGGUGUGGGCCUUCCUCUGAAUGACCUCUGGGAAGUCACACUCGAAACACACCACUGACUGGGGCUUGUCCUGAUGUCCACACACACACACAAACGGCUGAUCGGCGCACGGUGCAGGGGUCCCAUUCCUUCUCAUUUUUCACUUACGUUGACGUAGAAGAAGGUCGUGUCCAUCCCAGAGCCUGCAGACACACAGGAGACCAUCGCAGCCGUGACGACAACACUCUGAUGGUCAACACAAACACACUGCCCACCAAGAUUGACGAUCUGUGCAGUGGUGCCCUGCACACACACACCCGCAGUCAAUGUCUGCCUGUCCAUCUGCAUGUCGUUGCCCGCGUGUCGUGCCUGUGGUAUGCAGCUGAGGAAGCCGUCGAUGGCCUUGCGAAUGCCCGCCACUCGAGCAUAGUAGCCCCUGUUGAUGAGUGGGGACCUCCGGGUAACGCGCCGGACAAAGUGCUCCAGAUAAUCAUCCCGGAAGUAUCCCAUGCGGACGGCAGAUCUGCAGCCGACAAACACGUCAACACACACACACACACACACGGUGAGAGAGAACAAAGGGGCGGACGUCAGUCAUCAUUCCGUUUCGACGAGUGCGUCCAGUUAACUGCUCUCCCUCUGAUCCUCCCUCUCACAGUUUGCUGCUGGCGGCAUCUUCGGUGGUGUUCUGCACGGCCGCAUCGCCGCUCAUCGAGAAGUUGCCCACAGGAGCCUCGUCAUCAAUCAUGGGCGCCAGAGAUCUGUACCCCCUGGAUGGAUGGAAGAAUGGCAAAAUCCAACACUGCCGGGCGAAAGCGAUGCGACACGGCCGUGUGAUAACGCUAAACACAAACACUGGAAAAUUGCGCAGCUCGCGUCGGGAAGCUCAC